CAGUAAUGUGUAGCGUAAUAUCACCUGUAUGAGGUUUAUAUCCUAUUUAAUAGUGGCCAGUAGCUAACAUGUUUCAAAAAUGCAUGUUCGAUGACAGUACACAUCAAAUUUACAACAAACAGGCUGAGGAAUGUGAACAAUAUGCUUAAUUCAAAUUAACGAAAUUUUUGUGUUUCAUACUCUUAUGGUCUUUCUUCCAAAUUAUAAUGGCAUGCAAAAAACCCCUGGGGCCCGGCCCGGGAGCCUAUAGACUCCCAACAACUGUCGGCUUUAACCUACACGACCCGUCGCGUUACCGCAACCCAAUGUUUUCAUUCGGUACACACGCCGGCUUUCGGUUAAAGCGGUUGAGCCCCGGACCAGCGUACCGGAUAGAUAGAAUCACGCGCGAAGGUUUGAUGACUUCACCAGCAUGGAGUUUUGGUGCACGAUUCCCAACUCGAGGCAUACUUCGCACGCCUGGUCCUGGAGCCCACGCGCCAGAACGCUGUCCACAAACUCGCGAGCCCCGUGCACCACAAUAUUCAAUGGGCGCCCGCCUUGGAUUCGGGUUGAAGAGACCAGGUCCCGCGCCCAACGCCUAUGCACUUAGACUUGGCCCUGGAACACCCGCCUAUACCAUGGGAGCACGAGUGGGCUUCAAUCUCAAAGCUAAGUCGCCUGGACCGGCGGUCUACUUCCAAAGGGACGCUGAUGUAUACAAAACCAAAUCACCACACUACAGUCUAGGGGCACGAGCUGAAGGCGCGGGUAAGCCGACUAAGACGCCGGGCCCCGCUACUUAUCCACCGAAUCUAUACAACAUUAAAAAGAACCCGUAUUCAUACUCGUUCGGCACAAAACACGGCGACUACGCGCCACCCUUGAUCGUCAAAGAAGACACAAUGGACUGUCUCUGAAAAGCCGAAUAGUAUCACAGACGAUUAAUAAUGACUGGACAAAAUUUCCCCAAUACUAAAUCUGAUUGUUUGUUUUGCACAAAAAAUCAAAAUGACUUUACUCAUGAAAUAUCUUACUACAAAAGAAUAAUAUUGUGAAUUUUUAUAAAAAUGUAUUGCAAUUAAUAUUUGAUGUUGUUUCGGUUUUUUGAUAUAUUUUAUGUGAAAUUUGUAACAUGCUUUGUUCUUUUAGAAGUCGCAAGUGUAAAUAAAAUGUAGGUAAC